UAAAAGUGAAGAAAAUUUUAAACAUGUCUGAUUCCGCUGUUGUUGAAAAUACUGCCUCUCCCGUUGCUGCUCCAGCAGCUGAGAAAAAGGCGAAAAAAGUUACUUCUGCCAAGGCAAAGAAACCAUCAGCUGCACCAUCUCAUCCUCCAACUCAACAAAUGGUUGAUGCAGCCAUUAAAACUUUAAAGGAACGCGGUGGUUCAUCUCUUGCAGCUAUUAAGAAAUACAUGGCCGGUACUUAUAAGGUAGAUGCACAGAAAUUGGCUCCUUUCAUCAAGAAAUAUUUGAAGAGUGCCGUAACUAGUGGAAAACUAAUUCAAACAAAAGGUAAGGGUGCUUCUGGUUCAUUCAAAUUGUCAGCUGCUGCCUCAAAAGAGCCUAAAGAAAAGAAACCCGCUUCUGAAAAGAAAAAAGUAGCUGCUGCUGCAGACAAAAAGAAAAAGUCAGCCGCCGCUGCCAAGAAGAAGGCUGCUGCAGUCUCAGCUAAGAAACCAUCUGCCGCUAAAAAGACUGCUGAGAAGAAGAAGACCGAAAAGGUCAAUGCUAAAACUGCUAAGAAGACUGGCACAGUUAAAGCAAAAACCACCAAAAAGGCUCCAGCAACUAAACCAAAAGCACCCAAAGCAAAAACCGCUGUUGCAGCCAAGCCCAAAAAGGCAUCACCAGUCAAGAAACCAGCAGCCAAAAAGGCAGUCGCCAAAAAGUAAAUCUUUUUUUUUAUUAUCAACAAUGUUAUUUUUCAAUAUUUGAAAAAAAUAUUUAUAACCUAAAAAGCCCUUUUCAGGGCUACAAAAUAA